GGUCAACCCACUCACUCUUCACACCACCGUCCUAUCCAGGGGUGCUGGAAAUUACACACUCUAUCCUUCUUUGACUAUCAUGUAGCAUUUAGACUGUUCCAUCGUUUGAUGCGAAAAUGGUGUCGUUCUUUGUACCCAGCUUUAGAUCCACCACGACUUCCCCGCCGCUCCGUCCUGGCGACGUCAACACCAACAAUGCUUCUUCCUCUACCAUCAUAGGUGAACGAGCCCUGCGCAGCAAUCCUUUCGGAAUCACCUCCCGUACUCGCACGAGCGCUGCCUUGAAACCCGCAUCCGAUGAUUGGAAACGUGAACAAGAAGAGCUCAACCUUGCCCUGCAAACCUUGGCCCGCAUAUUUCCGGACAUCCGCGUCGAAGUCUUCCGCGAACUCCUCGUCCGAUUCGAUGGAACGAGUCGGCUGCAUGUCUGCGUGGAGCAACUUUUGAGACAUAAGGAAGAAUGGGUAGCGGGACGAUGGAACGUGGCCGGUGAAACGGACAACAAUGCUGACGGGGGUACUCUUGCUACGGCGACAGCGACAGCGACAGCCAGCGGAAUUGACCCCUUCGUCAUUCCCCCCCACGAGCUCUUUCGGUCGCCCAAAUAUAAAGCUGCCGUGAAGGCCGUCCUGGCCAAGGAGUUCAGCGCGUUGAGCAAGAGUACGGUGGAGGCGGUGCUGGCGGAGGUGAAUUUCUGCUACCUUCGGGCCCGUCCGACCCUGCAGGAUCUCUCGCGGAAAACUUGGCGCGCGACCUUCAACAGCUUUUUGCCUUCGUUCAAGCGCAAUAGAGAUAAAAAUGAACAUCCAUUGAUUGUCUGGCAGCGGCAUGCCGCGGCCGAUAGUGGGGAAGCGGUUCCGCGGCUGAAGGAGACCGGGUGCGAGGAGCUGGAUCGGGAACUCCACGAGGCGCUGCUGGCCCCGCUACUCCGGACGCGGAGGGAGGAGCAGGAACGCAAGGACUGGGCCUUGGCGGAGACGUUAAACGAAGACGAAGCUAAGGCGGCGGAAGCGCUCUACGAAUGCCAGUGCUGCUUCGCGGACGUGACUUUCGAGCAGAUCGCAACAUGCUCGGACCAUAUGCAUGUCAUCUGUUACGGUUGUAUCCGUCGCACCAUUCACGAAGCGUUAUUCGGACAAGGUUGGAAUAAGUCGGUCGACGUGGGUCGGAUGACCUUGAAAUGCAUUGCGCCCUUUGACCUGGAUGGUUGCCUGGGGGUGCUGAGCGCGGCGGUCGUGAAGCAGGCGAUCCAGCUGGACAAAUCCGGCGAGGAGACGUAUGCCAAAUUUCAGGCGCGUGUCGCGUCUGAUGCCCUGCUCAAGUCGCAGCUAAAGCUCAUUCAUUGUCCCUUUUGCUCCUAUGCCGAGGUCGACCCGAUCCACCACCCUUCGUCGACGCUCGUCUGGCGCUUCCGGGGCGGAGGCCUCAUCUCCACCAUCGUCAUCACGGUCUUUAUCCUCGACUUGAUACCUCUGCUGCUCAUGCCUAUUGCCAUUAUGUACCUGCUCAACCCGACGGCCAUCCGCACGACGUUCCGCAACGCCCUGAUCAACAUCAAUCUCCGCACUCGCCCGAAACGCUUCACCUGCGCCAACUCCGCCUGCAGGCGCGUUAGCUGCAUCAGCUGCCAGAAACCGUGGAGGGACCCGCACGUUUGCCACGAGCCGCUCCUCCUGGACCUGCGGGCCACCGUCGAGGCCGCCCGCACCGCGGCGGUUAAACGCACAUGUCCCCGCUGUGGGCUGUCGUUCGUCAAAUCCACGGGCUGCAACAAACUUACCUGCGUCUGUGGCUACUCGAUGUGUUAUCUGUGUCGAAAAGCAUUGGGUUCGACGUGGGGCCAAGAUGGGGCGCAUGGCGGUCGUGGCGUUGGUGGUGGCGGCCGCGGCCGCCGUCGAGCGGCCGCCGUGCGUCGCCGCAACAAUGCGGAGAAUAUUCCUUUGCAGGCAGGCCGUGCCCAGGACCACGAUGUCGAGAACGAAGACGAAGAAGCCGACGCAGAGGAGGAAGAGCUGGAAGGCUACACCCAUUUCUGCUCACAUUUCCGCAUCAACCCGGGCGCCCGAUGCACGGAAUGCACCAAGUGCGAGCUCUACCAGGACGAAGACGAGGAGGCGGUCGCCCGACGCGCGGGCGAGAAGGCCGAACGCGAAUGGCAUGCCCGGCACCGGGGCACAGCGACUGGCGCCGCGGUGGGCGGGUUACGGGUGAACCGGGAUUUCUCCACUGCUCGCUCCGGGAUGCGGUCGAACGAGAUCGGGGCCGGGCCGAAGUGGAAUUGGACGUACCUGGUGGAUGAGGUCUGGCGGGAGGGCAGAUGGAAACUCGAGGGCCAGGCGUUUGUGGAUUGGGUGGUGGAUCGAGUGGUCGUCGUGGAGGAGGUUUGAAGUUCUGGGCGUUGGCCGGUUAGUGAUGAUGUUUCUUUUCUCCUUUUUUUUUUCUUUUUCAUGAUGUGACGAAUCUUAUGACUCUCUUCCCUCUGAUUACUUUUCGGGGCGGUUACCUGGUAAUAAAUCCAGUUUGGUUAUCUUUUCUUUCUCAUUCUUGAAACUCGAAAUGGGUCGCGCGCUCUCGAAGAACAUCAUAUUGGGCUUCUGCGUGGUUUUCACCGCUACCUGAUAUACGAAUCGGUGCAUUCUAGGUCGACACAUUCUCUCCUGUAUGAGUAUUACAUUCGGUGCAUGCUUAGCAACUUGCAUUCUAAUCCUCUUUGACUGCUGGUUCUUUCCCU